AGGACGCUAUCAAAAUUUCCGAGAGCGGAAAGCCAUCCAGCAAGUGCGAGUACAGUAUCCCACAAGCCAUACCGGUAUCUCUCGGCAUUGUGCAGCAAUUAUUAAUUGGCGGGGUACAAGCAACCGGGUCCUCCUAAAGAGUUUAUAAGUUUAAGGAAGCAUUAUGGCAGAUACUCGCAAGACGGUUUUAAUAACUGGGUAUACUUUUGUCCCUCUAUCCAGUGGCUAUGAACCAUCCUCAGCUAACACCCGUGAAGCGCAGGGGUAGGCGGUAUCGGCGGCUCUCUCGCUGAAGAAUUUCAUCUAAAGGGUCUCACCUGCCUAUGUCUAAUUCGUCUUAUCGUGCUAACAGAAAGAAAAAAACAGGCUACCGUGUCUUUGCAACAGCUCGGGACCUCACUACGGUGCAAGAGCUUGUAGACAAAUACUCUAUGGAGACUUUGCGCCUGGAUGUUACGUCUGCCGAAAGUGUGCGGGCAGCGGCCGAAGAGAUAUCACGGCGUGCGGGGGGUAAACUGGAUGUUCUUGUCAACAAUGCGUAAUUAUGCCUCCCCCCAGGUCUCUACCAUAACGUACUAAUAAAAUUCUCGAUACGGCAGAGGCCUCGGGGUUGUAACACCUGCGACAGACCUCCUCAUUGAGACGGUCGUAAAGUCAAUGUUUGAAGUCAACGUUUUCGGUGUAAUGCGCAUGGUCCAAGAGUUUUCCGGGCUGCUCAUUGCAGCAGAAGGCACUAUCGUGAAUAUUGGAUCGGUGGCGGCGGUUAUACCUUAUACAUUUGGUAGUGCAUAUAACGCUACUAAGGGGGCGUUGCACAGCUAUUCGGAUACCUUGAGGGUUGAAAUGAAGCCUUUCAAGUGCGUUCUAUCCCCAGCCAGAUCCAUUUGUAGGUAUACUAAUAGAUGGCCGUAGUGUUAAAGUUAUGGUGGUAGGUUCUUAGUACAUGAGAGGGAUUGGAGGUAAAUCAGCUAAGAAAGUAUCAUAGAUUGUCACUGGUGGCGUUAAGACAAAUAUAGCAAGGCACGGAACAACACUCCGGCCAGGAUCCAUCUACAUGCCCAUCUUAGACUUCUUCCAUAAAAGAGUUACUGAUUCGCAAGGUCAGUACCCCCUCACUCUCCAUUCCUAUCAUCCGGCUAAUAAAUUACAGACGGCGCAAUGAAUCGAGAUGCCUACGCCCGCUCCGUCGUCGCGCAAGUGAUGAAACCAGAUUGGCGGAAGCCAGCUUGGUUCUGGAAUGGUAACAAGGCCACAAUCGUCUGGCUCAUGCGAACAUUCUUGUGGAGCACGGCUUUUGUAAGCCCCCUUCUAGAGGCAUUGCCCACGACUUAGCUAAUGCGCACUCCUUAUAGGACUUCCGAAUGAUGCGUGUGUUUGGAUUAUUCAAGCUGAAGAGGAUAGUUGCUGCGGAAAAGAGGAAGAAGGAUUAGUGUCUGGCUUCUGGAUUCCAGACUACCUCCAGGGCACGCGGCUAUGGGGGUUUGUUUCAUACCCUGUUCCGCUGGGAAUAGGGAACCGGUUCUGGCUUUGCUUUCCCCACAGCCGCUGUUAUUAGGCAUGGGAAUUUUAGCUUAUUGAUGUCUUUCUCCUUGCUUGCCAAGCGCACCAAUUUCGGGGCUUAGGUUCCGCAAUAGCUGCGGAUUGUUUGGGGUGAUGGUGCGUCGCCCGCCUGCAUUUCUAAGUUAACUGUCCCAGGAGAUAUAUAUAUGUCCUAGCCCAUCAUUGGUUAGCAUCUCUAUCGGCCGUCUAGUCCAUCAUUCU